AUGGCUCCUCGGGGGCCCGCGAAAGCUCGCGAUUAUGAUUAUUCCAAUGUCGGUAAACUUGGACGUCGCACAGGAAUUACAGUGAAGGAGGGCAAGCGCGAUGAACAUGGAAUGGAGGACAUUGAUGAAAUGUGGUCAUCGCCAGAGAAGUCUCCCGUAAGAGAAAAUGGCUUCAGCAAUGGGAAUGAAUCUUUGGUAGGCUCCGAUGGCAUGUCUAUGGACGAGGGGAAUGCACCUGGUCCUGCUGAUUUCCUCAGCGACUGGCUUGACUGGGUCCCCUCGGAGAACUCCUGGUUUACGAUCAUCCCAAAGCCCACAACAGGAUCUCCUCUCCUCUAUGCCCGCAGUAAGGCAAACAAGAAGACGCAGGAAGUAGCAGCUUCAUUUUCGGACAGCGAUGCGAAUAGCCAAUCGAACCCGGAUGAAAAUGCAAAUAGUCACGAACAUACACGGGAUGAUUUCGCUGAUAGCUUCGAUGCUGGCAAUGACACAAUUCUAGGGGGUGGAUUGGAAGAACCAGAUGAAAAUAGCACAGCAACGCAGUCUCCAUCAAUAUUGGCUGUCGGCCUGCAGAAGAAAGGCCAGAUAAAGAUCGGCCACCAACCCAAAAAGAAAGCCCGAAAUGGAUCAAGUCGGACUCAAAUCCCUGUAGAGUCGAAUGAACCACAGGAGCAUGGGUCCUCGCAGAAACGUAAACGCCCCGGAAGGCCCGCGAAAAACCAGCGCAGUACCAGUUACGAUACGGAAGAGCAGAGGCUGUCAAAGAAGUCCAAGGCCUCCAUAAAAGAGACUAGAGAACCAAAUACAUCAGGCCACCCCGAUCUAAAUAGGGUCGUUGAGGAUCACGUCAACCGCACGGGGCCUUUAAAAGGGCGAAGCUUAUAUAUUCUCAAACGGGAGACUCCAACGGAUAGCAGCACUACACACACUCGGUCAGGGCGAGUGUCUGUCAGACCUCUUGCCUAUUGGAAGAACGAACGCUGUGUCUACGGUGAUGGCGAGGCUGCCGAGGGAGAGCGCUACCCUCUCUCUACCAUUAAGGAGAUCAUACGUACGGAAGAACUCGAACCGGAAAGACGGAAAUCUAAGAAGGGUAGACCUUCGAAGAAGUCGAAGUCGGGAAAACCUAGGGUGGACAACGACUCAGAAGAUGAUGAGGAUUAUAUUGACCCUUGGGAGAAGGAAGGGAUUUUGCAUGGUUACAUUAGGAAGUGGGAUCCCGACGCCCAGGCGGGGAUAGACGAGGAAGAGGUCCUCGACAUCGCAUACGCGCCUUCCGGUAUCGAGACAAGGGAUGUCAAAGGUUCAAGUUUUCGGUUUGCCAAACUACUUAGCUCUCCUUUCUUAGGUUCCGGGAUUGUUGAGCUGCCAAGCGGCGGAGUGAAAAAGCCAAAAAACUCAAAGAAGAUGCAUAUGGUCUUCUACGUAUGCCGCGGCCGAGUGCAAGUAGACAUCUCCGGUGUACAAUUUAGCGCUGGGAAAGGUUGCGUGUUCCAAGUGCCAAGAGGCAAUUAUUACAGCUUCGCAAACACACAUGGGAAGGACGCUCGGCUGUUCUUCACGCAAGGCUGUGUCCCUGUGGAGGGUAGCAAUUCUGCCCCAGGGUCUGCCUCCAAGAAUGAUACUAUGGAAGAAGAGCCAACCCCUCAAGUUGAACGUCCUCCUGGUGUCGGGAAAGGUAGGCCCAAGGGGAAGCAGAAGGCAGGUGGCUCUAAAGCAUCAUAG